UUUUGGAAGUGGCAUAGGCUGCUUUAUCUCGUUUCUCUGGCUCACAUUCCUUUGGAGGCUGUCACAUGUUUACCAACUAGCAGUGUUCCUUCUUCCUUGGGAUGUUAAAUCAACAAGCACAUGCAGAGAAAAGGGCAAGAACACCAACACCGCUCCUGAUUCUCAGACUCAGGACUGUGCCUCUCUUCAGCUUUGCCCAGCUCAUCUGGACCCUUCAUUAUCCUCCCUGCAGUCCUCUUUCACUUCAUCAACAAGAAGAGAGAGGUGGACUCCAAUGCCUGGAACAAGGGUGAAGAAAUCACUGUGAAGAAAAGUCCAGAGCUCAUGAAGGCCUUGCUCCCUGAAUUGUAAGAGACACUCUGGCAAAGCUGAACAACUGAUCACCAGACACUAGCACAGCGUUAACCAUGGCUUCUGAGGCUCCUCAGAAUUUCCUCCAGCCACUGUCUUCUUGGAUGUCUCAAAUAUAUGAAGCCAUCCAACAAGCAGGAGACUCCAUAUCUGCCUCUCUGCUGAAUUUGAGUGGAGUGGGUCGUAAGCCAGAAGGAGAAAGGACCCAGGACUUGGAGAAUAAUGGAGGCGUUUAUGAGGAUUAUUCUGAGGAAUCAGGUGAUGAACGAGACCUGGACCUUUGGGAUGAGGACUAUUUCUAUCCUAGAGAAGACAGUUACAUUGGAGGCCCUGGUCUUGCAUCACAAAACCUCCCUCACAGCUCUGACACGGGUCCACAGAGGCAAAACCGGGUUAAAACCACCAGCACCUUGCCAGAACAGUGUGUUGAGAGCAGCAGGACCUUGACAUCCAAUGGAUCCUACUGGAUGAGUGAAGAUCUCCAGCCUCUUGAUCGACUUCCUCCCAUUGCUGAGGAAGAAGGUGAGCCCUCUUGGAGGAUGGGAGGGCAUGAGCACAGCCUCAGCUUGGGUGGCUCCUUAAACAGUGCUAAUGGCACUGCACGCUGUGCAGAUCUGGAUGGACUAAGUCAACUGAGUUACCAAGACAACCUCUCCUGUCGUGAAGAUGACCAUGUAUCUGUGGAUUCAAGAACAACAACCAGGAGCAGGGGCACUGGGCAGCACAAAGGGCCCAGGGUGGAGCCCAGAAUUGGGGAUGGUGUCAGCCAGUCACACAGGGAAGGAUGUCUGGAAAUGGAAACAGCAUUUGUCAACCAGGGAUUGGAAGUAAACGAUGCUACUGACAGCUCAUCGGCUUGGAGCCCUGAGGAACACAAUGAAGUGAACAGUGUGCCAGCUCAUCAUUGUGCCCACGAGCCCAUCUGCAAAUGUGGUGACCUGGAUGUCAUCUUCACCUAUAAACCCUCAAGCCAAAAGCUGAUAGCCACUGUCCUGGCGGCCAGGGACAUCCCAGACAAGGACCGCAGUGGUGUCAACACCUGGCAGGUGCACGCGGUUCUGAUGCCAGGCAAGAAGCAGAGGGGUAAGACGAGUGUGCAGAGAGGACCCAUCCCCAUCUUCCAGGACAAAAUCACCUUCAGCAAGCUGGAACCACAGGAGCUGAGCAGCCACGCCGUUCGCUUCCGCCUCUACGCCGUGCACAAGGUGGUAGGGGAGAAGAUGAUGGGAGAGCAGUUGUUCUACCUGAGGGGCAUCAGCCAGGAAGGGGAAGUGAAGGUGACACUGCUCUUGGAGCCACGGAGUAACCUGAGUAGUGCAGAUUCUCAGCUGAGUCUGUCAGCAAUCUCUCACAGUGAUAGCGCUUCCUCAACACAGUCCCUGUCGCAUGGAGGGGUGCCAGAGCUGCUCGUGGGGCUGUCAUACAACGCCACUACAGGGAGGCUGUCAGUGGAGAUGAUCAAAGGCAGCCAUUUCCGAAACCUUGCAAUUAAUAGGCCACCUGACACCUACGGAAAGCUCUGCCUGCGCAACUCUGUGGGUCAGGAGAUGUCUCGCUGCAAGACCUCCAUCCGCCGGGGACAGCCCAACCCCGUGUACAAGGAAACUUUCAUCUUCCAGGUUGCCCUCUUCCAGCUCUCUGAUGUCACCCUGCUGAUCUCCAUCUACAACAGGCGCAGCAUGAAGCGCAGGGAGAUGGUGGGUUGGAUCUCCAUGGGCCAGAGCAGCAGCGGGGAGGAGGAGCAGAGCCACUGGCAGGAAAUGAGGGAGUCGCAGGGGACGCAGGUCUGCAGGUGGCACACGCUGCUGGAGUCCUAGUGGUGACCAGGGCAGCCAGCAGGUCCUGGGACAAAGGGCUGUCUCCCCCUGUUCUCUGGCAGGGCACUCAGCUUUAACCUGCCCGCUCAGUGUCAGCAGCUGUGGCUAUCAAAGGUGGCAAGGCCUUGGAAAGCAAGAUUAGUUCUUGCCUUUCCAGCUUGCCCUGCAUUUUCUGCAUCCACAUAAUCAACCCUAGUGAGAUGCAGUGGGAAUACCUGCAAAAACCUUUCCUCGGACUUUGUCUUGCUUAUUUUUCUAUCGGCUUAAUCACCACAGGCUGAUUCUGAUGUGAUGCUGUUUUCUUCUGGGGUAAACUCUCACUUCCCUCUUUUCCCUUGUUUAUAUUAAUGAAGUUUGCAAAUAUUCUUGCCACGCAGAUAGCUCACAGAAAAGCUAACCUGCAUGCAGAUCACAUCCUCUCCCUUUUAUUAUUGUGUUUCUAAGUCCUAGAAAUUAGCAUUUGAUACCACUGUAGACUGGAUGAUAUAUUUUUCAGGCAGCAUGAGAAAGCACUCCUGAAUUCUCUGUCAACUUUUAAGUGCCUAGACUUUACUACUGUUCUCCUGUACUAACAAUUGAUAUAAGGACUAAAUACUACUGGUAUUUUUAAUUAGGCACCCUGUGCACCUGUUAGCCUGCAUUGACAUAGGUUUGCACAAGAGAUAACAAACAUCAGUUUUAUAUUGCAUUAUACAAUGCAUGUUUAGAUGUUUACUUGAAGUUAUGGCUUCUGUCAUCACAAAUACCAAAAAAAAAACCAGAACAAACUGCACAGCCACCUUUGUGCCUGAAUCACUCCUUUCUGCAUCAUUUUGCCCGUGUGUUAAUGUGAUUUUUAGAAGUAAGGCUCAUUCUGUGAGCAUUACAGGAGAGGGCCUUAGACCUGUGGUUUUUCUGUGAUUCAACAAAGCACUGCUCUGUUUGCUGAGGGCUCUUCUUCAAAUCUCCUGUAAUAUCUCCUUGGGAUAUGGAAGGGGACUGUUUUUGGCAUGCUUAACAGUAGAGGAUGCCAGACCAUGUCACCUAACCUUGGUAAGGAGCUCUCUUGCAGGCCAGGAAUAGGAUCCAGAGGGGCUGCUGGCUCUGCUAAACUAGCACUGGAGAAAAGAAUUGUGCUUCCUGCCUCCAACUGAAAGCAAUGCAAGGAGCAGCCUUGCUGGAUGAGGUGAUGACACUGUCACAUGGUUACUUUUCAGUCUACACUGUCCUUUUCCACUUUAAUCUCUUUUCCUGUCUCUGUGAGCUGAAGUCAUGGAGAUGAUGGAUAGAGGAUGUGUCUCAGUCUGCUGCUUGGCUAAGUGGUUGUUGUAGUGCUGUGUAUGACACAAAGGAGUAUGUUCCUCCUCAGUGGAAUGUAGUCAGUGAGGUGCUGAGAUCUCCAAAUGCUAUCAGCUGCCCAAUCUCCCAUUCUCCACACUCUCAAGGAGAGGACUGUCUUUUCUCCCUUCCUGCUGAUGAUAGCAAGACACAGGAAAUAUUUUGCUGAAGAGGUAUGUCUGUCCUGAAUCACUUCAUAGUUUGUUUUUGCCAUUUCCAGAGACCUGGCACCAAAUUCUGCCUCCUCCUGCCUCACAGCCACUUCCUUUGCUUCAAUGGUGCUGUGCAAAUCUAACUAAUGCAAACUUUGGCGCUGGCUGUUUGACCAAAAUUGGUCCUUGGUGCUGGUUUUUGUCACAUCCAGGCUAGACAGGCCCCGAGGGCACUGCUGUGACUCUCACAGGUUAUCACUUGGUGUCACAGAGGCUCUGCCUGUCCCCGGGAGGCAGACAGAAUAAUCUGCACAGAGAAGCACUGCUGGUACAGGUGAUACAAGUUAUUCUACAGACCACACUCUUGUACCUUCUUAUCACCUGUCUGAGCAUCAUUUUUCCAGGGAAACUGGUGGGUAUCCUCUGCAGGAGGGUUUUUCUCCUCUGUCUAGAUAAGCUGGCAUGUCUGCUUUGCACUACUGGGGCUUUGGAACACAAACCAGGGUGUAACCCAAAUGCAGCUUAUCCAACAGAUAUGUUCUUGACUGCACUGCUAAAGCUGCUGUGUUACCAAUGCAAGAAAAAGUGAACAACUGAGUGGUAACCAGCAGAAUAGAAUUUCAUUUAUCAUACACUUUUCUGCUGGAAAAAAAAAAGAAAAAAAAAAAAAAGAAAAAAAAAAGUAGAGAAAACAGCCCAAAUCAAAAGAUGCAUUUGCUUAUUCUAGUUGUUUUCCAACCUCUCCAUCUUUUUUCCUGAACUGCAUAAAUUGUGUAUGCAAGUGUUUAUAAUUAAUUUUAUUACCUGGAAUGUGUGGGUGUAAUAAACUUACUGAGAUUUUCUUCAGAACUUCUUGAACCUGCAAAGCCUUGCCUAUGCUUCAUGAUUAGCUAAAGAAAAAAUAUAAGUUCAAAAUACAUUUCAGCAAUGAACUGGAGCUAACCCAGAUUUAUAACAGCAUGAUUUAAAAAAAAUUAAUGAAAAAGAUAAUUAAAAAAAAAACAAUGAAGUACACUGGGUUUGGACUUCCAUGCUGUUUUCACAUUAAGAUCUUUUCUGAAGAUAUGGCAUUAAGGGAAUUGUAUUUUAAUAUAUAAUUUCAUUGUAGAGUUUUUGAAGUCAGAGAACAGCAAGUGAAAAUGGCUUAGAGUAAGUCAAUACCUAAGCACAUGUUAAAGCUUUGCUGUCCAAGGGAAGCAGGUUGUUCCAUCCUUGCUGCCACAUUUUGCCCUUGUAUUUUGUCAGAAAAUGUUGGAGAGAGGGGGCAAGGACCAUGACAGGGGGGCCAUUGGGUUUUUAGAGCUACUGUGAAAACUCUUGGCACAUCCAUGCCUUGAGAGGUACUUUUGUGGGGUCAUUUGUGUUCCCACUAAAGCAAUGGAAAAAAUCAGGAAUCUCGGGAUGAACAAGGUGCUGGGGGUACUCGUGUUUGUUAGCUAUAUUUUGGGAUUUUUAUUGCUUUUGUGGUUUAUUUUUCCUUCCAUUAUUGACUGUCUGUGAAAUGGAGGCUUUGCAGCAGCUCUGGCAUAUCCCAAAGCUCCUGCAAAUUCUUGCCAUUGACAGACUGAAUUAGUCAUUGCUAAUAUUGAUACAGGCUGGGCUUGUGCCCAUGGUCUUUCUUAUGUAAACACCACUGCCCUUUUAGUCACUGCUUUAGCCCCUUGUUUCUUUUGGAAGUGGCUGACAAGACUGAAUUUCCAGGAAGUUUUGCAUUCCUUGGGAAUCCUGACUCUCACUUGACUCAUGGAUGGCUGGAAGACCCUGUGCUCCCCUGGCCUUCUCCACGUAGAUGCUGAUGCUCUCUGCUUCUCUGGGGCUCCAGGUGGGGAGAACAGCUGUGAGAAGGCCUUGGGGAUUUCAGGGAGCAGGAUAGGAAUGGACAACCUGAUUCUGGCAUGCUUGGGAACUUACAGAUCUAGGUUAUGGAUCUUUCCUAAUGCACUCAUGUUUUCUAAGACAAAUCAUUCCCUUUUGACAUCACUGUUUGUAAUCUCUUUAUAGUUUAUUAGAAUUUUCUUGAAAACAAACAAAAAAAAGGCCUGAAAAUGUGGAAAGGUAUUAACUGCAUUGGCCCAGAGUAUUAUGGGCAAGUGCCCUGGAUACAUCCCUGUAUUUUGAACAGCAUUGUUCAGCUGAUUGCAGUUUGUUCUUUCCUUGUUCUCUCCCCAGCCACCAUGCCCCGGUCCUGCCAAGCUCUCUGCUGCUAUUUUAUUUUUUUCAUUUUUCAGUGUUUAUUGACAACAGAACAGAGUGAUCUCACCGUGUUUAUACUCCCCAUAAUAACGGUGAUCUUCAGCUGAUGCCCACAGAAACCAUUUCCUUUUUUAGCCCACUGAGCUGCAGCAGUCGCUCACUGAAGUGCCCAUUUGCAAAGGCUUUAUCUGGAUGAUCUUCCACAUCCUUUGAUUUGUCUGGGUUUCCUUUUUGCUAGUGUCUUUAAUUAGCUGGACCCUGCUGUGGCCUGCUUGCUCUGCCUUGUCUGCCUUUCCCUCCAGGGGCAAUGUGUGCUGUGCAGCUCCUGGGUAGGUGGACAAUGCUUGGGUGUAUUUUUAGCAGCUGCAGAUCCCGAGGAGUUAUUUGGUGCUUUACAUAGCUGACUGAUCUUCAGUCAUGGAUGGCGUUAGAAGUUCCUGGAUGCACAGAUCCAAAGGCUGCCAGCUCCUAUUGAUCAUUUUCCCAGCAUAAAGCUGAAGGUGGCAGCUUGGCAGAGGAGCAGGCUUUUCCUCUGGUGGCAGAUCAUUUUCCCCUUCAGCUGGAGCUGGCAGUGACCUUGGAGCUGGCGCGCCUGCAGUGCUUGCUUUCUGCUCCCAUAUUUAUCAUCAUUUUUAAUCUGUGUGAUCACAGCACUUCAUCUCUCUGCCUCCCUCUCUCAUCUCUCCUGCCUUCUGCCCUUCAGCAUGAAAAGUGGACUGAAAGGCUGAGCAAAGACUAUGGCCUUCUCCAUCGUAUUAUCCCCUCCCAGAGGGGUCAUCUCAAAGUUGUGAUGCUCCUAAUCAAGACCUUGCCUCCCUGCUCUCUUGUCCACUUGUGGAGUUUGAAGUUUGUUGGUUGGGCUGUGAUACAUAAAUAUUUACAGAGUGACACCCAUUCACCUCGAUGUGGACCAAGUUAAUGACAGAAGAAACAGCCUGGUUUGUAUUUGCUUUCUUCCUUUUCCCAUGGGCAUUGUGUUCUGCAAAAGGACAACUGAGCCUGCAGGAAUUAGUAUGCAGGAACAUCCUCUUUCCAUUUAAAAUGUGCUAAGUGUGAUGUUUGCAGCUAUGCUUUGAGGGGAAGAAACAAAGCAGCCAGGGUUUGUAGAGCAGCUCACACUUUGAGGCAGGUUUUUCCCUCCAGCAUGUGAUACCCCAACAAAUACAAUCUGAUAUCCCAGGAAGCAGUGCUGGCUCUGAGCUCAUCUGCUUCUGUGAUACAAACAGCCAGAAGCUGACAGAUCCUAAAGCUUGGAAAGGCAUCCAAGAUAAUUCCACAGAGCUGGUCUGGGUGUUUAUUUGGGAUCUGGUGAGGAUUUAACAAGCUGUCAUGCAAGAAAUGAAAACCCCAGGCAGUGGUGGGAAGGUGGUGGUGGGGGAGAGAGGCAGGAGAGGAAGGCUCUUGGUGUGCUUGUGCUGCUGUAGAUCUGGGAAUUUGCUCACUCCUUACUCCAGAAAGCAGCACAGCCAGGCUGCAGUGGCAUCAAGCCUGAGCUGAAACCCAGUUUCUCUGCAUGACUUUUGAGCUCCAAAUUUGCUGAAGGCAUACAGCUUUUUUAUUCAGUGCAGAGUGAGCUUGUGUCUUCCUGCAGCCUACACUAUGGGCCCUAAGAAAUGAAUGUGUAAAUAUUUUGUCUCUCACAGCAGCCCAAGGUCAUCUUUCUGGAACAGCAAACAGGCACAGAAUCCAAAGAAGAUCAGUCUGUCAUAUGAGUAAGGUUAGCAUCUGCACUUACAAAUGACAAAGGCUAUUAAUCCUCAUGCUGUAAUCCCCAAGCUGUUUGCCAGCUGGCAGCAGGAAGAUGCUCCUGCUCAACCCACACAGCUAUCCAUGUUUUUUCACCUUUGUAAAGCAGAUAUAGGUCAAUACUGUAGCCUCAAUAAAAUACUUGGCAUAUGCCAUUCAUCUCUUUUGGCAUUACAAUCCCUCUCUUCUCCACACAAACCCUCUAUACUAAUGAAGGGGUAAGAGGAGAGCUCUUACCUGGGCUUGGCUCUCUCUGUGCUCCCCCAAAACAGAAGGCUGAAGGUGAGGUUUUUCUCCCUCUUCUCUGCUCCUGAGUUUUUCUGGGUGGAUGAAUUUUGUGAUCUCUCUGCAAAGCUGAACAACCUUAGCAAAGCUCUGUCAGCAGACAAGUCUUUACACCUAGAGCGGGGAAAACCUAAUUCUCGCCUAAGGCACAAAAAAAUUCCAGUGAUGGGACUUUUUUUGGUCUUAAUUUGAGAACCUGCAUGGUAUUAGUCUAUUGUCUAUCACAGGAGCAUAAACCCCUGAAUCCUCUGAGGUGUCAGUGGUGGAGCAGAAGGAAGACUGCAGGUAGUGAUGCAGGUAGGCUGUUAUAGUCUGAUCUCACCCACCAAAAACCUGUAUGGUCACUGAGUUGCUCCUAGCAAGUAUUAGGCAGCUGAGGCUGGAAAAGCUGAGGAAGAAACACAAAAGCCAGAUGGGAGCUGUGAAACUCCAUUCGUAUAUGUUACUUGCUCAUCUCUCAAGGAAAUUGGAAAGUAAUUUUUUUUUUUUUUUUCUGUAAGAGAAAUCACAGCUGCUUUGGCAGCUGCAGGUGUGAGGAGCUAAGGAUGUUUCCUCUUUGCUUUUUAUUUCCUCUGGCUGUAGUGGGGGACAUCAAAUAGACACCAAACACUCUGGAAAUGUUUCUCCCCUGUGUCAUUCCCACUGUGGGCUGGUAUUACUAAGAAACAAGAGACAAAAAGCUGAUAUUGGCCGUGGGUGAAGAACAAAGGUUCAGGGUUCCCACAAAAGCAGGAUUUUUUCCUGAGCCCUACAAUCAUUUAUUAGCUGUAACCUUCAGGGAAGGUGCUUCAUCAUGCCAAAUACUUGCCUCUCCCUUCAUUUCUCUUAGGGUAACAUUGCAAAUUUCUCUCUUCAUUAGCAAACAGGAAAAAAAAUUGCCAGCUUUCACCAUACCCGUUAUGUCUUGUUAGCACUUUCCAGGUGUUUUUCCUUCAUGCUGUCUCCACCAUUGCAUUUCCCAUCCUCUCAUUAAUAUCUACAGAGGUCUGGUCCAAGGCAGGUCAGUGCCUGGUAGCAAUAUUUUAUGUUCAUGGUGCUCAGAAUAAAACCUGUCCUCCAAUCCCUUGUCACUCUGUGACACCUCAAGCACAAGUUUUCCAAUUAAACUGGUACUACAUCUCUCCUGUAUUCCUCUGCUGGCAUUGCUGUGGUUUGUGUCUUGCUGGGCUUUAUCCUCAGCUGUUACUUCAUUGACUUUUUUCCCAGCAGAGAGUUUUGUUUGUCAAGAAGAGUAAAUGAAGUAAUCAUUUGGUAGACUUAGCAUUUAAAUACUGCGUGACAUUUAUAUGUGUGUGUAUAUAUAAAAAAUGGUUUUUAUGGCAGAGUGCCGCGGGGCAUUUGCAUGAAGCACAUCUCAAUGUAUAUUUGACUGUUGAUUUAAAUACACGGUAUGUAAUAAGUUAUUUUUAGUGUGUAUUGACUUCUUUCUAUAUUGGAACAAUAUACCAUCCCUGGCAGGGUUUUGUUGUCUCUGUUGUGGGCACAGUUGGACACUGGAGACGCUGAGGUGUGACCUUGUCCUAUUUCCUCCUUAUUUUCCAUGAGGUGGGAGUUGCUCCCCUCAGGAGCUUUGUGGGUGGACAGAGGUUGCUCCUGGGUUUUUUUUUUUUUUUUUUGCCACAGGACAGUGUUGUGAGCCUCCUACUGCAUCUCCCUCCUGGUGCUUAGUGGAACAUUUCAUAUUCUCCUUUCCCUGCUGUCAUCUCCUCAGCACAGAGAGCUGCUUGGUGUUUGGAGUGAUUCAGCCCCGUGGCUGAGGGAGCACCAGGAGCAAUGGAGAUCUCAGCUCCCCUUUCCCAGCCUGAGAUCACAGAACCACAGAAUGCUUUGGGCUGGAAGGGACCUUAAAGACCAUCUCAUUCCAUCCCCCUGCCAUGUGCAACCUCCCACUAGACCAGGUUCCUCAGAGCCCCAUCCAACCUGGCCUUGAACACUUCCACAACCACUCUGGACAAGCACAAAAUUUAUCUAUGAAUUGUUUACUUUAAGAAAUAACAAUACAAGCAAAUUAAUAAAAAUGCCACAUCCUUAACUUCUGUUGUUGCAAAGGCAAGUCUUCUAGAGCUUGCAUUUAUUGAUGAAUUAUUUUUAUGGUAAAUAAAUCUAUAAAGGGAGAACUUUUCCUACUGUGAAAAUUAUAAAAAACAAAUUUAUAUGUCCUUUUCACUUUUGUAAAGUUCAAAGAUUUGCACUGAAAAUUGUACCUUGAAUCUAGUUACUGAAUGGUUGGUAUUGACUAGUGAGGGGCCACUGUGAGCAUUGUUUCACUUGCUGGGUAUGUGAUUGAAAGAGAUAUCUGCAGUGCAAAACUGUGAUAAAAAAUGAAAAGUACAAGGAAAAGAUGUUUAGAUAUUCAACUGGAAAUCUGGUAUGGGUUUAUUCUUAGCUUUUCAUGUAUUUGACAAUGAAACAUUUUUUAUUUUACUUAAGUGCUAACGUGCAUGAUCAUACAAUAUAUUGCCUCUUGCUAAUUAUAUGCUGCGUUAGGAAUACUAAUGUCUAGAUGAUAUCUGACUGGAAAAAAAAAUCAGCAUUAAACCCAGCUUCUGCAGAAUUCUGGGCUGAAACUACCCCUGCACACACACAGCUGUCCACACCUUAGAAACAGUCUUAUUUUGUUAUGGAGAAUGCUGCUGUUACAGGUUUAUCAAUAAAAUAGAAGCAGAUGGCUCAUGUAGACAUGCAAACCCAGCCUAUCUUCCUUUUUGUUCUGGCUGUGGCAGAACGGAGUGAAUAUUCAUCCAGGAGAGAUGUUCUUUGUUCAGAGCAGGGCUGCAGGUGCCUGGUGCAUAAUGCAGGACUGGGAGGAAUGGGAAGUGUCUGCCCUGCCCUUGGUCCCCUGUCCAGCCACAUGGACACAGGGACCCUCUGGCAGCAGGCUGGGGCGUUUCAGGGGCUGAAGAGAUUCCCAUGUCCCACUGAUGCCUUGGAGUGGCUAUCUGAAACAGAGGCUAGACAAAAUUAAGAGAAUAAAAUUGGGUAUUUAUUGAAGGCCUUCACUAGGGACACCUUGGGCAGUCAAAGCCUCUGAGGGGCUACACCCAAGAUGGAAAUAAGUCACAAGAUUUUCAUACAGUUACAAGUUCGGUCUAUUUACAUAUCAGGGGUUAAUUCUCCAUUUACAGUUUCAGGUAAUGAAGUGAUUUACUCCAAGUUUGCCCCCCAAUUCACUGUUAUUUGCAUCUCUCAGGUCUGAGACAAUGAGGUGUCCUUGAGUUUCAGGCCUAGAGAGGAAUUGUUUGUCUGAACAAAAGGGGAGAACAGCAGCUGACAGGCUAUGGAGUUUUAGAGUUACACACUAAAGCAGUACAGGACCUGAAAAAUAGAAAAGCUAAAUCCUAAAGCAUCACCCUCAUGUCUCUGCUUCCCUCUGCACAGAGCCAUCCAGCCAACUCUGUGUGGGGAAGGAAAAGUGCUGGCUGUGCCUUUGACAUCUGUCCUUCCCUGCUGUCUCAUCCAGCCCUGGCAGGAGGUGGGAGAGAAGCCCCCCAGCCCCCUCUGUGGUGGGACCCUGGCUUCAGCAGUUCUCCUGCACACCAGUGAUGUGGUGGCACACGGAGCCAGUGCCACCAGUGUCCCUGCUGUCUGCAGACACCAGCCUGGGAUGCCCCCAUCAAAGUUGGGGUGGCCACUUGGUGGAAACAAAGGUAAGAGCUCUAAUGAUGAGGUGGAGAGGUGAAAUUAGGCCAACAAAGGGUGUGUCUGUGUCUGGUGGCUGCUUUUGUUUGCAUCCACCUUUGGUCAUGACGUAUUUGUGAGUGGUUUACUUCUGGCAGGUUGCAGUUGUAAUUGCUGCCCACAUUAAGAUGGAGAACGAUAGAAGCUAAAAAAAUUCCCAGAUUGGAAUUUUGACUUUGAACUGGGGUUAGUUUGCUCCUCUCAGAAUAGCAGUGCCAGAUUUGAGGGAGACAUGAGAAACCACAAUUUCUGCAGCCCUGCUGGCACCCACAGGGUUGGCUUUCCAGGACCAGCCCUGAAAUAGAGUUUCUUUUUCUGGCAGUGGUGGCUUCAGUGCUUGGAAACCUCAGAAAAGGCAGUUGAUACAAGACAUGUCUGAGGACACAGCAAACCCAGCCCAGGGGGCCAUCUUAAAGACAGUGGAGAAAUGGGAUAUGCUGGGAGGUUCAGAGAAAAACGAGGGAGUUUGGAAAAACUCCCCCACCUUGGUGUAAACUAGGGGUGAAAUACAUGUUUUGCUAAGGGCUGAUGUUUGUGGGUGACCUGCCUCAGCUGGCAGGGCUGCAGGGUGGGCUGGGGUUUGCUCUGGGUGGCAGCAGUCCCCCAGCAGCUCCUCCAGGCACAGAAGGGGGUCUGCAGAGCCAGGCACUGCCUGCUCAGGGAUUUGGGAGCUCAGGUGGGUGCCAGGGCAGCAUUUUCCUGGCUCGGUUACCCUAACACUGUUUCACCCCGUGCAAUUUCUGAAAACCAGUUCAAAUUCUCCUUGCCCAACCAAGCAGCCUCAGCUCCCCCACCAAGUCACCCUUCUCCUCCCCAGCCCCCGGUGCCGAGGGAUGCCGGUGAUGGCUCUGGGGGACUUGGGCACUGCUGGGAGCAUCACACUUGCUCUGCUGUUCCUACAGCAUCAUCCUGGCCUUGUGGGAGUGUCCUCAGCCUCAGGUGGGUUUUCCCAGGUUGAUUCAGGGCUAACCAGCCCAAGGUUUGUUCCAUUCCUGCAGGCAGGCUUGCCUGUGACCCCGUGUGAGCUCAGCACACUCCACCAUGGAGCUGCUGCCCUGAACUCGGGCAGAGGCCACGGGGCCAUCGGUCUUGGUGCCAGCACUUGGUCAGCUUGGCCCAGAUGAGUCUGCCCAUGGAUUUGGUAGUAAAAACUCAGGUUUGUGCUCAUGCAAAUGCAAGGGUUUAGCACUCCACUUGCUGCUCCUGCUGGGACACCACUGCUCAGCACGAGCACGUGUGGGCCCCGCCGGGCUCCUGGCUGGGUUAUGUUUUAUCGUUCUGAUUAUCCUGUCCUUCCUCCAGCUGCAUUUUAAUUCUUUAGAAUGACUUCAUCCCUUGGCAAAGCACCAAGUGCUGCUUUGUCAAGGCAUCUUUUUUUUUUUUUUCAUCCUAAUUUUGACCACUUGGAAAAGUCACAUUUUUAAUGUCAGGAAACUAAGUUUUGAAUUUCAGUGAAAGAGUGAUAUCAUUUUUCACGAGAGGGUGAAAGCAUUCCCACUUCUCAAUCAGCUCAGUGGAGGCUAAAGCUGAGCUGUCUGCCAUCUGUCUCCUCGCCAGUCUCUCUUCCACCACCAUCACUUUUUAACAGGUUGGCCAAUUUCAAUCACAUUUGAGAGCAGGGUAGCUGUCUCAAAGACAGUUAUGCUUCUACAGAUUUUGUCAGCUGGCAGAGGAUCAUUUCCAGAGAAGCAGAAAGGAGUGGGUUUGAUGGCCAAGGGUUGGUGAGCUGGUCCAUUGUGACAGCUCCAGCAUGUGCUGCCUCUGGUCAAGCUGGGGGUGUCCAAGGGGACAUGGUGGAAUUUGGCUGGGGAUGUGGGGAGAGCGUAGGGAGUAAAGAGCACAGAUAUGUAAGAAAAUGAACUUCAUUUUUUCUUCUCUUCCCCAGCUUGUUUCAGAAGGUUUUAAAGAGUUUUUCUCAAAUGUAAAAAAAAAAAUAAAUUAAAAUAACAACAAAUUUUCUUGUAUAAUGAAUUGGAAGAUAGAGGUGAAAAAUAGUAUUCUAGUACAGAAAGAGAAAGAUCUGUCUGCAUUUUAGAUGGAGGUAGGAUUAGCCUCUGAAGGCAUCUGGUCCCUCUGAGGCUGGCCAACCACUGGGAGGCUUGAACAGGGUCCAGAAACUGGAGCUACUCAUCUUCAUUUGCUGUGACAAGCCAAUGGCUGGGAGAGCUUUUGACAGUCUGUAUCUGCUGGAGGCAGCUGAGUGGGCCAGGCUGAGGAUAAAACCUAGCCCAGGAUGCAGCUCCUCACAUCUGAAACUUCUCAGGUACAAAUGCAGAACAUUUUGGGUUCAUUUUAUUUUUUGAAAAUACCUGCUGCAUGCUGUGUUUAGAAAUGCAGCACCUGUGGAGGUAUAUGCAGCCUGGGAGGGCUGGUGCUUUUCUACACACAUCUUUUGAAUGUGCUUGAAUUCAAAAGGGCACAAUAAUUUAAUUCAUUUUUCUUUAACACUUGAUUUGAGGAGACAUAACAGCUUUGGAAUGAAGGAACUGAUUUUUUUUUUUUCUAAUUCUGUGAGAUAGUUAAAGUAAAUGCUAAUAUUCUGGGGUUUUAUAUUUCCAAUUGCUCUAAACCGUUCAAAACCACAUAUUUGUUACAGCACUGAAUAUGUCAGGCAAUCCUGCUUUCAAAAAACUAAAAUAAAAGGGAAAAGCUGCUCUUCUAUUGUCUGCCUGUCCAGGCUUUAUCUUUUGCAGAACACAUUUAAAAUCUUAUCUUCUCAAAUAAUAUCCCUGUCAAUAGAGACUUUGGUCUGUUUAAUUUCUGCUGCACUGAAACACUGUGUGAGUCAGCUGGGCAGUGAUUCCUGACCAGGCAUCCCUGGCAGAGGGGAAAACUCCUCUCCAGACAAGGAGGGGAGGUGAUUUCUCCUGCUUCCAUGGCAGGAGGAAGGAGAUGGGAUGGGGUGAGAUGGAACAUCUUCUCUCCUUCCUGAUGGAGGUCCCUUUGAGCCAGCAGAGCAGUGCUGGUUACACUGGCAGGGGAAUCUGCUUCCCUGCACUUCUGCCCCCUUGGAAGGUGGGCAAAGAAAAGCAGCUACACUUGGAUUGUGGAAGAAUUUCCUCAGAGCUGAUUAGGGGAUGGAAACACUUCUUGGAUCCAGCUGAGGAAACACAGCUGAUCUUUUGGCUGUAUAUAUAAUUGCCUGCUACUAAGUCCUGCUUUUGUGCUGACAGGAGAGGGGAAGAUGUGUCUUUGCAGCAGAAAUUGUCUUGAUUGUUAGGAAAAAAUAGAGUAAAUUUCACAGAGACUGGCGUGAGUGAUGCUGUCAUUCAUUCAGCUUUUAGGCAUGGAGUAGGUGCUUCUGUGUCUUCCUUUUCUAUCUCUGCUUAUAGAAGGGAUAUUACUGAAUUAAUUAUGACAUCUUUGUGAAGAGCUGAAGAAUUGCUCAAGUCCUCGAUUCAGCAGUAGAGAAAUGUCAGAUUCACCUCACAGUAAAUUUAAAAUUACACCAACCUGAACUACUGCUACUGACAGCAUAAUAAUAAGGCAGGUAAUCAAAAUCAAUUAAAUCCUAGUGCCUUCCUAUUGUCCUAGAAAAUUCAAAUCUGAAAUUAGUUGGAGUUUCAUUUGACUUCUCAAUAAAAGAAGCAGAGCUUCAGAGAUAAUUUGAAGUAAACAUGUGGCCAUGAAUGAUCUUUUCUCAAGCUGCAAAGACCAGGGGAGCCAUGUGUGCCCAUGUUUGUACAGACUGAGCACCAAAUGCAGCCAGGUGAUCCAAGUCAAGGGAAUAACUGAUCUGAGGCUGCUGCACUGACAUGUGCUAGCUGAGUCUCAGGCUUGCCAAGACCCAGUUUGUUAAAAUUUUAGAGAGAUACUGAUCCAGGUGGAUGCCAAAAGCAGUGUGCCUCCAUUCCCCCUGCCUAAGAGGGAAGAGGACAAAGCCUGGUGCAAAAUCCUCUGUAGAAUCUUCAUGGAGCAACCAGAGGGAGGGGAACUCCCUGUGUCCUUCCAGCAGUGACAUGACCAGGUAAAAUAUUCAUUAGACAUCUUACAGAUCACAGGGGAGCAGGGAAUUGCCCAGGAUCUUCAAAUGCUGUUAAAAUGAGUAUGUUCCCACUGCACUUUGCUUUGUUUUUGGCACUGUCUGAGCCUUUGAUUCACCUUUAGUAUCAGUGGGAGAUGGCAGUAGUUGUUUUGGAAGUGUUUGAGGUAAGGCUGGAUGGGGAUUUGAGCAACGUGGUGUAAUGGGAAGAGUCCCUACCCAUGGCAGGGGGUGGAACAAGAUGAUCUUUAAGGUUCCUUCCAAAACCAUUCUGAAAUUCUCUGGGCUGGACUGAGUGACUGCUUGGAUAGGGAGGCUGUGGCAUGAACGUGAGUCUGUCACAGUGGUGUCAUCCAUGGUAGCUGUGAGGAAAUGGACACAGCUGGCAAGUGCAGAGGCAAAUUUAUUGUCCAGUGAUGUUUCUUCUUGCAGAAAAGUCCUGAUCAAAGCCCAGGCUUGGUGCUGGGGCUGAUCUAUGCCAGUGCUGUACCAGUAACUCCAGUGCAGCCAUUGGCACCAUUUGGCUCAUCUUGUGCAACUUCUUUUCACUCUGGGAAUGACCCAUUUCUUCCAGAGAAGGUCCCUACACAUAGCUGGUGUAUUAAAAAAAAAAAAAAACAAAAACAAAAAAAAAACCACACUUUUUUUUUUACCUUCCUAUCUGCCAGUAUUUACAUACAGAUCUGGGCUUUCAGGAAAAGGAACUUCCCCUCUUUUUGCACACUGUAUUAUACAGGUAGGAUUUUGCUGACUCCUUUUGAGCUUUUUCUGGGCCUUUCUGGGUGGACACUUAGUUGUGAGGGUAGGCUGAGCCUGCUGUCCCACCUAUUGCUCUAAGGAGUGUGCUCAGCAGUAAAAUCUGACUGAGAUGCAGGAGCUGUCCUAUCCCACAGUGACCUGCUCUUUCAUUUGAGAGGAGGUCUGGGUUGUAUUGCUGUGCAGCUUUUUUCCCUACAGCAAUCCAAUUCCUGGCCAUGGCAUCAUGAGUGUAAGUGCCAGGGUGGGAACCAGGGCACUGUGGUGGAACAUCUCAGGGGGAAAAGUGAGCCAGGAUCUGAUGGUGGGCAUGGAGGGAAAAGGGAAAAUCAUAAAUCAGGAGGGAAGAGGAGCAUGACCCAGUAAGAGAGCAGGAGAGCUCGGCUUUCUGCCAGCAGGACCGAAUUGGACUCCUCUCCCUCAGCCCUUCCAGGCACUGGGUUUGUUUCUCCCAGUCUUGCCCUGCAGCGAGCAGAGCUCUCUCCCUCUCUGAGAGAGAGACUGAGCCGGCCCGCUCCGCGCAUCCCUCAGUCCGCCCUGACGGGAGGUUUUAUGGUCCCCCUUGCCCACCCCCUCCCCAGGCUGCUCCCCCCUCCCUGUUCUGGCGUUUCACGUCCCCAUCCUCCGCCGCAAGCCCCAGGCAGCUCCUCACCGCCUGUCCAGCUCUGAGCCGCGGCACCCGCUCCAUCCUCCGGCUCCCCCGGCACGGCACGGCCCGGCGCGGAGCAUCCCGGUGGCGGGACCUGCUCCUCCUCCUCCUCCUCCUCCUCCCUCCCUCCCUCCCCGCGGCCUCGAGUCGCGCCAGUGAUGGAGAGAGCGUCACGGUCUCCUAGCAGCGCUCCUAGCAACGCUCCUAGCAACCGGCCAACAUCUGCUCCCGCUGGACCAAUCCGCGCGGGGAACAUCUGGGCACCCACCUCCGCGGGCUGCGGCCGGGAGGUGAUGCGCUCCUCAGUGGCUGCAGGGACCCGCAGGAGCUGCCACCGCCACCAGCAGCACCGCCGCCACCUCCUCCAGGAGCAGCGAGGGAAGGACGGAGCAGCCUGGGUGAGGCUCGCCGGGUGACCGUUCAGCAGUGCCGUGCUGCCAGAAAUGCUCGCUGAGCCCGUGCGAGGGGGAAAUCUUACCAGAACUGCUGAGAUUACCCCAGAAAGACCCUUUGCAGACUGACUCCGCAUCCUCAGAGCUGAUCUGAUCGGGGCCUACCAAAGACAUUAACGACGUCGAAAGUAGCUUACUUUAAGAGAAAAUAUGCAGAAGAAGAACAUUUACAUCAGGAUUACCAUGAGUAUUGUCCAAAACACCUGAUACUACCGGAGGACCGGACUUGUAUCCUAAAACUGUCUCUCCAGAAACUCCGCUUCCUGGACGACCCCGAGGCCUAUCUCCGUAGGUCUGUAUUAAUUAACAAUCUGUUGAGGAAGAUUCACCUAGAGACAGAGAGGGAGAGCUAUGAAUACUUUAAGGAGGCUCCGUGCUAUAGGACUGCCUACUCUGACGCACGAAAACGGCUGAAGCUGAUGGUGCAGGAGUGCUGUUCCCAGUCGCUCUAUUAUGAAGAGCUGCACUCGUAUCGCAUCGUGCCUUACUCUGCAGAGAACGCCGUCUACGGGAUGGGCUACACGGGCAGCCACCUGGAGCAAAAUUCUCAGUUGCUUAUUUAUAAAAUGAAUUAAAAGUAGCUGUUAGACCCACUGAUGUUUGUUUCUGAAUGCUUGGACUGCUUGUUGAGGUGUUGAGAUGAGGCACUAAUUGCAGAUGUGUUUGCAAUGGAGGCGGAGGCGCAGGGAGCUGAGUGGAAGGUGCUUUGGAAAAUGCUCUGCAGCCCCCACUGUUAACCCCCGGUGUGAAGCACCUUGCUGUACACACAGAGAGGUGCAAUACAGAGGUCCUAAACCUGCAGAGACUGCGUGCAAGGCCGUUUGUAGAAACAAAGCUGCACUUAAAGUUACCUGUGUGUAGAUACGGAUGCUCCAAAUCCCUUUUGCAGUUAAAUUACGCCAGCCCCAGUGCAAGGGGAGCCCCCGAAGCAGUGGAGUAGUCUAACAGUGAGGAGUAAAACACAAGUUUUCUGCUGUAAAAGUAUAGACAGAAAGUUUCUUCGAGAAUUGCUUUGACCAUGAAGGAGUCAGUGCCAAAGGAAUCAGUCUUUAGCUUAGGAUUUUCGGAGACUGAACUCGCUUGCUACUUACAGACACUCUAUACUGAGAUUUGCAAGGGUUUGUGGGUUGGUUUUUUAAAAAAAUUAAUUGCAUUCACUUUUUACUUAUAUUAUCUCUUAGCUGGUAUCUACUUUGCUAUUUUAAUACAAACCAGAAUGACUCACAGGAAAGAUUGUUUCUUCAGCCCAUCAUCAGUGUUCCCUUAACUUCAUUUGCCUCUUUCCCUAGCUGUUUCCCUGAAUACUUCUUUGCAUGCUAAUUUGCUGUUUGGCCCGAGGUUCACACUGGUGCUAGGGAAUAGACAGCAAUUUCUUUUUAUGUGGACUAUAAAAGGCAGAAAAACAAUGAUAACUCUCAUGGAUAGAGAAUGAAUGUAUCUGACAGAUGAUGGUAAGACCUCAGAGGCUCUCCUGAUGAAACGGCUCAGCAUUAAUAGUAAUGUUUCAGGUUAAGUAAAAUGUCUAAUUUCAAUCUGGGAAUUAACUUUAAAAUAUGUAAAUAUAUAUAUUUCACAAGCUAUGGCAUGUGGGAUGUUCAGCAAAUGGAAUGACUACAAGUGGAAAGUUUCAUAGCUGCCAAAGCUACGUCACGAAAAUACCAAAGAGUAACAUUAGGGAAAAGAUGAUGCUCCAGCAAUGGGGUCAGAAGCAGAGAUUGCACUAUAAUUUGGAGGAAUGUGAUUAACAAGCCUGUAAAUUAGCUGUUAGGGACCUGCAUCCCAGAACUGCUGAACAAACACACGAGAUGGUUCAAAGCCUGUCAAAGUCCUGCAGGUCUGUUGGCUUUGCCUCGCUGGCUAUCACCACUUUAAAGCUUUAAAACAAAGUAAAUAAUAGCGCACACUCGGCUGGAGGCAGAUAUAUAUAUAUACAUAUAUACAUAGAUAUACAUAUAUAUCUAAGAACAUAAUUUUUUAUUUGUUUUGAAAGGCUUUGCUCUUGCAGAUGUGGCUGAUGCUAUUUCUGAAGCAUUCUAUAGUGUGAACAAAUACUGUGGCUUGCCAGGAAUGUGCUUUUUGUGUCAGAUUCCUCGUCACCCUGCUCAGAGCGCCCUGGUCAUGUGCCUCUCACAUAUCGUCACAGCUCCCAGGCACGGGUUAGUGCUGGAGAAAAGGCAGAAAAACAAAAGCAAAAAGGUGUGAAGAACAAAGUUAACUCUGGUGUCAGUAGUUAGAAGACAGUAGAGGUUUAGGAGACAGAAGGAAGCGGUAAAAACCAGAUUUUUUUUUUUAAUUAAAAAAAAUUAAUGUCAGCAGUGUAAUUCAAAACAAGGAUAACCUGCAAACUGGAGAAUAUAAACAUCUCAGAUACUGUGGGAAGGCUGAAAAAACAGGGCAGUGCUGUUUGGGAGGUGCUGUUAGUCAUGAUGACUGUUCAGAUCUCUGUUUUUGCUUUGAGACAAGUCAUAUUUACUUAUCUCUUAGAAAAGGGUGUCUUUCAAUCCUUAGCCAGUGCAGUUCAGCCUCAGAGCUCCCUGGCUGUGCAUGGUUUGAUUCCUGCUGUCCCUGGGCUUGCACCAGCCCAAAACCAUGCAGCUGGUCCAGUUGCAUGAUUUGAGAAAUGGUUUCAGUGUAGUUUGAGAAAUUUCCAGUGGAAAAGGGGCUGGUAGAGGCCAGGCUGCUGAGCAGGUCUGCAGGACAGCCCCAGUGUGAGCAGUAAGAGCUGGCAGAGAAGCCCAUUUGAUGUUGUCAGAGGUGCCAUUAUCCCUCAGGAGCCCUCUGGCCUCUGCGGGAACGCCCCGAGCCACCCCAGGGCUGGGGGAAUGGUAAAGGAAAAUUGCUCCUGUCUUCUGAUUUUUCACACCAUGUAAUUUUCCACUCUGAAGUGGUUUGAUUUAUGCUUUUUUUUCCCCCCUCUUCGUGUCGGUUUUCAUCUGAUUUCAUAACGAUCUAGCAUGUACAGGAAAUGCUUAAAUGCUUCUUUUCUCUCGCUGACUGACUUUUUAUAUUCAUAGGAUGGUUCUGGCUUGAAUAAACAAAUCUUUUAACUUAAAAUUAGAAAUGUUUCAGUGAAAUGAAAAAGCUCAGUAGGAUCAAAGUCUUUAACCUCACCUGAACAAAAAACAUUGGCCCUGUCAGAUUCACCUUUGAAGAGGUUCUUUGACUGCUGAAAGAGGAAGAUACUUUCUUGCCUGUUGAAAGCUUCUCUGUGAAGGAAUUGUGAUAACUGAACAGAUAUAACAGACAAAAAUCUGCAUCAGGUCACAAAACUCCUUGGGCUACCUAGGAAAGAGGAUGAUAAUUUAGUAAUGUUUUUCUCAUGUGCUGUUUUCUUGAAGAAAACACAUUGUCUCUUUUUUUAAAUUUUCACUUGCUCCAGGAGUUGUUAAAAUGGAUUAUUUCUUUCUAGAGAACAAAUUGAGUUUUUUAUGGUUGACUUUUUGAUAUGGAAUUGAAUCAAAGGUUCACUAUUCUAUGUGCUUUAAGUCUGCUUCGGCUUUUACUGCUUCUGCUUUGCCCAGCAUUGGUGCUGCUGAAAAGUGGGUCUGAAAAUUUUGAUUUGAGUGCUUAAAAAUAGUUUAUGGGGUGAUAAAGAAGUACAAAUGUGCAAUAACAUUGCAAGUGACUCCCGAAAUAUUUGACACCUUUUGAAUUAUGUACUUAUAUUGAUUUUAACAUUUAGUUGCCAAGCUACUGGGUACCAGCAUUUUAACACAGCUACAUACAGUGAUUUUUCUUUUUUGGGUUUGUAGCUACAGUUCAGCUCUUCUGGCUUCUGAUGUGAGAAUCUGUCUGUAGGUGGUCAACUUUCACUGAGAUAGAUUUUUAUAUAUAUAUAUGUUCUAUUAUGACUGCAUUAGGAACUCCUACAUAUGGGCUAUGUUUGCACUGGAUGUAAAGAAAGUCCUUGCUUCCCUUUGACUCAGUUGCCUUGGAGAUAGAAUAUUCAUCAGAGGGAAUAUAGAUGAGCUGGGUAACCAGGACAGACUUGGUGAGCAGAGCUGAUCAUUUUGAAAAUGACUGGCUUAGGACAAUUCAUUUUCACCUGGGAACAGCAGCACACUUGGCUGUAAUUAGUGUUUCCAUGAGUUGAGUUUUCUUUGUGCUGCUUUUCUGGCUGGACAUGCUGGUGAAGGGUGCACGGGGCACCUUUGUGGGGGCCACAGUGUGGGUGUGGAUGGGGUCUGGUGCAGAACCCCAACACUGAGUUUGAGCAACCUGCUCUAGUGCAGGUGUGUCCCCACCCAUGGCAGGAGGGUUGGAACCAGACGGUCUUCAAGGUCUCUUCCAACUCGAACCAUUCAAUGAUUCCAUGAUUCUGUGACAUUAGGGCCCUGAUCCUGUAAAUGCUUGGGUUAUCACCCCAUUUCCUCACUCAGACCCUGUCACUGGAGCCCCAGAGGCUCCUUGUGUGCUUGAUGCUCAGCAUGUGCAUGAGCUUGAGGCUGGGGCUGCAGAUCCCCCUCAGUCGCCGCCUUAUCGGUGAUGGUGAGCCCCAGGCUGCCACUUCAGCUCUUCAAUACAUCUCUCUUGCACUGUAAAUUGAACUUCUGUUUUCCAAUGAAUGUGUGGAGUAUAUGGACUAUUGUGCCUUAAAGUCCCAUCCUCGUACGAGCCUCUGUAAAUGUCCUGUAAAUCCGCAAACCGUCUAUCGCUGGUAUCUCUGUGCACUCCCUACAGAUCUGAUUUGGUACGUGGCAGGACCUUGGGAAACCCAACCCUGACCUCAGUUUGCCAUGGACACGAGAGGGGAUUUGCCAAUUCCCUCUUUUCUUUUUUCAGAUUGCUUUCCUCUCCGACAUUCAUGAAAUUCUGUUUGUCUGGUUCCUGCCAUAGUUGGGCUCUGGGCCACCUGCAGUGCCAGGAGCUCCUCGCAGGAACUCUGGAAGUUGUAAAAAAGUUGUCUCCAGAUUUUAAAGAUCACCUGUAGAACACUCCCAGGAGGGAAUCACAGCUGCAUAUGACAACUGUGGCAGGUGUUGUCAAGUAUAUCAUCAUAUAUUUGACAUGAUUGACAAAGCAGAGAAGGGAACACCUAUUUCUGUUGAAAUGCAUGAGCCUGCAUUAUGUUAAAUACAUGGUGAUUAUACACCAAAUAAUUGGAAUAAUACCUACUGGUUCUGUAACAAAAAAAAAAAAAAACUUUUAAUGUUUAAAAUUACCUGGGACCUGACUGAAGGUUUUUAUGAAAUUGUUUUCUAAAGUGAAUAGUAGAAAAAAUGUAUAUGUAUUUUAAAUAUACGUAUGAUGUGCAUGUUAUUAAUAAAGAUCUAUUUCUAUUGAA